CACUUGCCGUCCCUGUGCUUUCCCACCAGGAACAGCCCACUUGCCAAUCCACAAUGACCCAGUCUUAAUCGGGCCAACUUAAUCUGAUCCAUCCGAGGCAAGAUAAUUGAUUUCCCAGGCUGGCUGUCAUCCUCCUCCUCCGCCUCCUCUGCGAGGCAGACAGGUGAGCAGAGUUGAGAGAGAGCUGUUGUUGACCGUUAAUCGGAUUAUAUGACAUGAGAGGACACGACUUGAUCAGCUGAGAAGGGAAGGGACGAGGUUAUUCUUUUCACUUCUUAACAAACUUCUUCUCUUUGAGCAAUAAUGCCUCUUUUUAUUAACCGGGACCAAAUAUUUGCGCAUCAGGUGCACCUGCUGGAGCACAAACUGAGGAGUAAAGAGGAGCGAAUACUGGAACUGGAGACAGAGAAUGCUAUUCUUCAUUUAAGACUUGCCGAGUGUCUGGGGAAACUCCGUCGGGACCAUGAAGAGGAGACCAAGGCCCUGAACCAUCAUCAGCUGCAGAGGAAUGCACAGAGGACAACCCGGUCAGCCCUCGCCAAACUCCUGUUCGAGGUCCAGGCUGUGAAGCAGGGCUUGAGUGAAGUUUUUGCAGUGUAUUUGACUUUUGCCACUGAGCUGGAGGAGCAGAGCAAGCAGUUCCUGGAAAAAGUGGAGCAAGCCAGCUGUUCUCUAAAUGGUCACCGUGGAGACGAGAUUCAGAAUUUGCAAACUCGUGUCGAAGUUCUUGAGCGCUCUGUGGAGGAGGAGAGGGAGAGGUGCAGGGCAGAGAGGCAGAGGAGGAAAGAACUCCAUAACACAGUUGUGGAGCUGAGAGGGAACAUCAGGGUUCACUGCAGGGUGCGACCAGUUCUACCCUUUGACCAUAUCCAGUCCUCCAGCUCUGGAUCACGACCUUUGUCAUCAGAAGAAGUGGUCUGUGCAAUCAGCGACGACACAGUGAUGGUGAAUUGCAUAAAACCAGGUGUGCAAGUGCACAACAAGAUGUUUGAGUUUGAGAGAGUGCACGGACCAGAGGAUUCACAGGAUGCCGUGUUUGAGGAAGUAAAGCCGCUCCUCACAUCCCUGCUGGACGGCUAUAAUGUGUGUAUCAUGGCGUACGGGCAGACAGGCAGUGGGAAGACUUACACCAUGAUGGGAUCCCAGCCACUGGAGGAGCACUCAGGGACGCAGCGGGAGUCACAGCAGGGUAUUAUCCCGAAGGCUGCUGCUGAGCUCUUUCGGCUGAUCUCUGAGAAGCCCACAGAAAGCCACACGGUGGAGGUGUCAGUGAUGGAGGUGUACAACAACGAAGUGUUUGACCUUCUGGCCAGAGAUGAGAAGGGCAACGCCGCCAGCCAGCGCCGGGACGUCAUCACCACCUCCUCUGGUACCAGCCAGGUCACCGCCCUCAGAAACGAGCCUGUGUGUAAUGCCUCUGAGGUGAUGCAGAUAAUCAGCAGCGUUUUGAAACUCAGGGCUCACUGUCCCACCCUUGUCCACACCGACUCUUCACGCUCUCACGUCAUUGUCACCCUCACCAUUUCCUCCAAGAGCCCUAACGCACAGGCCCUGGCCGCCAGGCUACAGAGCGCCAAGAACGACAUGCAGCACCCCACCCAGAAGUGGUGGAGUCCACGCUGCCGCCGUGCCAACCCUGCCGCCUGCCACUCAUCCGAUGAACUCUUUGCAAGCCCCGCCUCCUCUCCCUGCCCCUCGCCUUCUCAUUCCCCAUGUCCCUCCCCGAGGCCCAGCAUCUCACAGGCUCUGUUCAGGACCAAGCUGCAGCUGGUGGACCUGGCGGGGAGCGAGUGUGUCGGUAUGUCUGGAGUUUCUGGUGCAGCUCUGUGGGAGGUGUCCUGUAUAAACCGCAGUCUCUCUGCUCUCUCUGAUGUCCUGGGAGCUUUGGCUGAGCAGAGGCCACACAUCCCCUACAGGAACAGCAAACUCACUCAUCUGCUACAGGAUUCCAUAGGUGGCAACGCCAAGCUGCUGGUGAUGCUGUGCGUCUCUCCCACGCAGCGCUUCAUCGCUGAGUCUCUGCAGUCUCUGGGCCUUGGCGCGCGAGCCCGUCAGGUCCAGAAGGAGGUACCUCGUAGGAAGAAUAACACCCUCAAAAUUAAGUGACGAGACGGAGAAAGAGCUUUCAUUCUUUGCAGACUCUGUAGCAACAUGGAUCCUUUCAUCACACCAACAGAACCAAUUUGAGGGUAUUUGAUAGAGUAUGUGGGCCCUUCUAAAAAAAAAGUCCACAGCCUUAAACAGUAUGACAAUAUCUCACUGCAGAUUAUUAGACAUCUUAUUUGAUCAAUGGGUUACUAGGGGCUGCAUGCUCAUUAGUUUUAGCAGGGCUAAUCCUACUUUUUUAAACUCCUAAGCUCUACAAGAAUAACAGUAAUAAACUAUUUCUUACCCUUUGUAGUUACGCUAACUGGGAAAUUUAUUUAUGGCUGUUGUAAAUAGAUAAAUGUCUUAUGGCUGUUCUGCUAGAAUGUAAAGCACAGUAUUAGUGUGUACAUGUAAUAACCCAGGCAAUGAGUAGUUGGAGUAUAUUACACAAAAAAUUUUUACUAUAGAAUCACUGUAUAUAGCAGUUUUCCAAUUUACUCUUAAAUGUAUUCUGCUGUAAAUACAUUUCCGUACUUGAUGCUCAUGCCAUGCCUUUUUUUUUUUUUUUUUUUUUAGUGCUUUGGGAGCAGCCAUGUUUACAGUAUUUAUGUACAUUUUGAUGCAUUCUGUAUCUGUAAACAUCACUUUCUUUUCGGUUACCCAUGACAAAUCCUUCUAACGCCUUGAUAGAAUAGUCUCAGUAGAACAUGGUAUAAUUAUUACUUUAAAAUAA